GGCGGGGCGAAGUCUGGGUCUCACGGUCAGUUCAACUCCAGGCUCCUGGGGAGCGUCUGGGCUCCGGCGACUAGGACCCCUAACCUCCUUUAACUUCGAGUCUGAAAGUCUGUGGCUCUUUUACAGAGAAGCAGCGUUCCAGGGACUCCGCUCCCGCCACCCGUUCAGCAACCCUCUACACCUGGACCCGAACUCCUCGCCUUGGAGGCAGAAUAUAAGCGUUUAAAUGCAGAAUUGCAGUCAAAAACAGCUGACGUGGUUCGACAAGCUAAGGAAAUAAUAGCACUUACAGCUGCAUAAAUUUCGCUCUCAGUACUGCUUUCACUGUAUCCCAUAGAUCUUGAGAGAUCGGCAAGAAGUACGAUCUAGGCCUGUUUCAACACAAAUGAAAUCAUGUGAUGACGAAGAUGAUUACAGUUUAAGAGGUCUAUUACCAUCUGAAGGGAUAGUUCAUCUUCAUUCAGAAACUAAGCUAAAGACCAAAAACAUUGAUCCUGUAAACAAGGUUCAAAACAAAUUACACUCUGCAAAUAAAGGAAGGAAAACAAAUUCAAGUGUUAAAUUGAAAUACUCUGAUGUCCAAACUGCCGACGAUGUUGCCAUUCCAGAGGAUUUCUCAGACUUUUCCCUUGCAAAAACAAUUAGCAAAAUUGAAGGGCAACUGGAGGAAGAAGGCUUACCUGAAUAUAUAGAUGAUAUUUUUUCUGGUGUUGGUAAUGACAUUGGAACAGAAGCACAGAUCAGAUUUCUAAAGGCCAAACUCCGUGUUAUGCAGGAGGAAUUGGAUAAUGUUGUACGUGAAUGCAAUAAAAAGGAGGAUGAAAUUCAGAAUUUAAAGUCUCAAGUAAAAAAUUUUGAAGAAGACUUUAUGAGACAGCAGCGAACAAUUAAUAUGCAACAGUCUCAAGUAGAAAAAUACAAGACUCUUUUUGAAGAAGUAAACAAAAAGUGUGAUGGAUUACAGCAACAGUUGUCUUCAGUAGAAAGGGAAUUAGAAAAUAAAAGAAGACUGCAAAAACAGGCUGCAAGUAGUCAAAGUGCCACAGAGGUUCGCUUGAAUAGAGCUCUAGAAGAAGCAGAAAAGUAUAAGCUGGAGUUAAGUAAAUUAAGGCAAAAUAACAAGGACAUAGCAAAUGAAGAACACAAAAAAAUCGAAGUGUUAAAAUCAGAAAACAAGAAGCUAGAAAAACAAAAAGGAGAAUUAAUGAUAGGAUUCAAGAAACAGUUAAAGUUAAUUGAUGUUUUAAAAAGGCAAAAGAUGCAUAUUGAAGCUGCCAAGAUGCUAUCUUUCACUGAGGAGGAAUUUAUGAAAGCACUUGAAUGGGGAAAUUCAUAAGUGAUCUACUUCAGUUAGUCUCUAUGACAGUAUGUGAUGGAUACCCAUUUUACUUAUUGUAAUUGUUUGAAUUAUUUUUACUCUUCAUAAGUAAUCUAUUUGAUUAUGAAAUCAAAAUAAUUUCAAAGAAUUCCCUUUUUAGAUUUAGGAGAUACAAAACUGAUGCAUUAUUCUGAUAUGUAGUUAUUAGAAAAAAAAUUUUGUAAAAUAAAGCAACAGUUUAACUCUUGAUUCUGCUAUCUUAUGACCUAUUAGCUCUUUUUAGUUGUUUUUUAAGUUCUUAACGUGACAAGCACAUCAGAUAAUAAAAUUCUUGACUCUUUUCAUUUACAAUUCUCCUCCCUUACAGUAGACCAAAAAAGAUGCUUUAAAAGAAAAUUCCAAAUAUUUAUUUCCCUGGCUAAAUCAAGUAGGUAAAGUUCCUAAACACAGACAGAAGGCAGUUCACUUUCGGGUAGAGUUGAGUUCUGUAUUAGUCAAGGUAAAUAUACCGUCUUGAGAAUGGGGAUGCAAACAAUGCUCUGUAGUGUUGCAGAAAUCGGAUUUUGAAAUUGUCAGUACAAAAAUAACAGUUUGAUUAAAAUUAAUUUGUAUCUGAUAAUUGUUUACAAGUUAUGAAAUUCAGUGAUGAUUUACAAAAUCCAAAUAGACAAUGGAUACCUACUGCCACUGAACUGUAAAACAAAAGUUAUGCUGACAUCUAGUGGUAACAUACAAAAAAUCUAUGCUUUACCCAAUUUUGAUGAUAUCAUUUCUCUUCACAAAUUUCACUCCUUUGCUGAUAUACUUUCCUAAACUCUUCACCAAGCAGAUCAAUAUCAUCCUCUUUUUUAAAUACUCCCUACAAGAAAAAUAUUUUGUGGGUUACUUUUGAAUACCAGAAUAUUUCACUAAAUGCUUUUAAGACUGACAAAGACAUGAGGUUAGUAAAGUUAUCUCCAAGGUAAUGAAAUCUAUUCAACAGAUUAAUAAAACUUUAAAAAAAUCAAUACUUUUCAAAAAAUAAGACUUUACAUAUAUAUUGAAUAUUCCUAGACUGACCCAAUUUUCUGAUUUAUCAGCUCUAGUGUAGGAGCUUUUCACAGGAAUCUGAGCUCUUCUACAAGUUUUACUGCUUGGAUUACCUAGAUAGGAAGGCACUUCAUCUAUACUGUACCCUACCCUUUUCUUUAAAUAGCUCUAUAAUAUGAUUGAUAUAAUGGUGAGCUUCGAUAGAUUCAUGCAUGGGAUUAGUUCUUCAUGCCUCAGUUCUAUGGCUAAUCAGCAAACAGUCAAUCUUGCAGAAAAGAAUCCAGGUUUGGAGUUAAGCCAUUUAAGCAAACCCUUUGGAAUUCUUCACUGUUCUAUUUUUCUUUUCCCCUACAGUAUACUGCAAAAGGCUCUUUAAAACAAAAUUAAAUAUUUACUUAUCUUACAAUCUAAAGAAUUUUAGGGAUAACUGAGGUCAUUUGGCGCCAUUAGGACCUAAAGGAUAAAGGUCAUUUUUGGAUAUCAAGUUUAUUAAUCCCUCCUGCUGCCUCCACAAUUACUUCCUCUACAAAAAUAUCAAAUCCCAAAGACAUUCCUACAAUUUAUAAUUUAUUUUAUGAAAUUUAUUAAUUACAUAUGGAUUUUAUCAUUAAUACAUAAUUUUGUAUUCCUUAAUCCUUUCUAACCAAUUAGACUAUCAAGUCCUGUUGCCAGGCAAUAAUUACCUAUAUGUCUUUUUCCUUCCUUAGCACCAGAGUGAAUAUAAUAAAAUAAUGCACUUGAUUCUACUGAA